AUGGAAGAGAACGGGGAAGCGCUAUGGCAGUACGAUGUCACGGGGGAACCCCAAGAUGUAGAAAAGAACACUGGGCGAACAACAUAUCACGUUCAAAUGCCUAUCGGCGAGACAGAGGAUAGAACGGGCGCCCACCGACGUGUCUCGUCUCGCGGUUCGGGGGAUGAAGAGAGGCAUGACCGGCAGAGCGCUUCUUACCAGCAACAGUGCCUGGAGCAAGGAGAGGAAAAGGAUGUCUUGCAGCAGAGGACGCUGGGCGGCAAUUCUUUGACAAAAAUGGCGGAUGACAGGAGAGAAGCAGGGGCGCAUGAACAGGAUGAAGAGAACGACGACGAAAACGCGGAGAGGGAGUUGGAUGGGCACAGCGCGCCCGGCGGGGGUUUAACUGUAGAGCAACUCACUGCAAACGAAGGGCAGUUUAGAACUGGACAAUGUGAGCAAGAGCUGCAGUCACGCGAGGCAGAAAAUAGAGAGCAGGACGAGGCACGAGGGCACGGACAGGGUACUGCCGGUGAGCUCGACCUUGCUUCUGGUAGCGCGGAAGAUAAUAGAGCGCACGGUUUCCAUUUCGCCGGCGUCAUAGAUAGUGACGCGAAACCAGAAUUCCACCCCGAUAACGAAGGUGCCCUCCUGACUCACACACCCUCUGCUGAGACUCCUGAAAAGAGCACAUCCCCGAGGCCACCCGCGUCGUCGAAAUCAGGGCUGCGUCUUCGGUUCAGGACGAUCGCAUCAAUCGUUGACUGCCUACCACGUCUCCAAGAUCCUGCGGCGCGACGCCGCGAAGCCGCAGCAGUGGCUGGCGAGAUUCUCGAUUCUCUGGAGCACAGAGCUGAAACACUGCUCUGCUGCUACAACACACGGAGUGUCGCACAAAUGAACAAGCACGCAAGAAGCGGCCGCGCAGGCUCCGAGUCGGCAGCUUGGCCACGGUUUGAACCUUCACCCGAGCCAAUCGAGGAAGGCGCAAGCACCAUGUAUGGACAGUGGAAACUUAAAGAGGAGGCGGCCGCUGGGGUAGCCACGGAAGCUCUCCGUGCAGUUGCCCAGCUCGCAAUAGACCAGAUUGCGACCUCGCGUAUUUCAGCUCAAGCUCGCGGUGAGGACACAAAGACGAUGUCCCCUAGAUUAUGGAAAGCUCAGACCGAUAGUGAAGACCCGGUGAGAGGACCCGAGAGCACUUCAGCAAAAGGUGCUUCCUCGGGGUGGCUGCCCUCUGAGGAAAGAAUGUUGGGAGACAGGACAGACUCGCGAAUGACCGUGGACGGAGACAGUGCUGCUGCGACUGAAACGCGCCGCGAGGAGCCACGAGGAGAUGUCACGUGCAAGCCAGACGACAAGGCUGCGGAGGAAUUCGAUCUUUGGGUUGGACGAGACGCCAAACUCUGUCCCCAAGGCAUGCCAGGUGUAGGUCCGAGAGCUUUGCUGGCUCCUGUGGAGGAGGCAAGGGGAGGCGGUACAGGAACUUUUCUGCGGGAUACUGGUUUCACUGUUCCACGGCAUCAAGGAGGCCAAAACCCGACGCAGAACCGACAAGACUCCUCUUGUACUUUCGCGAAUAAAGCCGACAUUUCAGCCAAGGCCGCGGCUGCACGAGCUGCCCUCACGCCUGCGCUGAAGCACGAGAAGCUGUGGCAAAUAUUCGGUCGAAACACUGACGCAGGGCGGCUGCUCCAUCAGUUGUACGCGUCAAAAAUAGCUGCAGUCGGAGCCGCGGAUAUCGUGUAUCCCGUGCCGAAGUCUAUCAAGGAUCUAAGGGGGAGCCCGAGCUUCCGUAUCAUCAAUCCGCCUACGAGGAAACCUGGCGCGGGACCGGGAGGUGUGUCCAGUAGAGCACGAAUUGCAGUUCCUCGUGUAGGCCGCCAUCCUGUCACCCGGACCGGCAUUUCUGAGGGGCCCGAUGGCGGGGGUUGCGGCUCAUCCGCAGUGUCAGGCCGAGCUGUGCGCGGAAAGCGCUCGUUAGCAAAGAUAGCAGAAGGGGCGGAGAGACAGAGAAGAGAAAUUCUAGCCGAGGCCACAGCAGCGGCUGUUAGAGCUGCAACAUCAUGCAGCGGACACUCACGGACUCGUGAGCACGCGAAAGAAGUCCUCCAAGAAGCGUUCUAUGUAGGGGAAUGUAUGAUUCUUCCCCCCGAAGCGCGCCUUCCCGCCGUAACUAAAACGGCGCGUGCGAAAGUCUUCGAGACUGUUGUCGGCACUGGACAAGCUACAGAAGGGCACACAGGGAGUGAGGGGCGAACAGCAGCGAAGUCGACCUUUAGUGGAAAAGCGAGUGAGCGCGAUGGCCGCCACCAGACGGACCCCGAGACGGGGAUGACCCUAGAGCAGCGGACGCUGUAUGCUCAAACCAUUCGUGAAAUCCAGCAUCGGCAGGAAAGGCUACAAAAACUUCGCGAGUCGCUUCCCGAUGAGGUCCUCGCCGCAGCCGCGUUUCAUGGGACUGAGGGUGGAACCAGCUUGGGCAAGUUCACUCAAAAUAGUCACGCGAAAGCGGGUGAGGCUCUGGUAGCACAGCUGGCGCGCAGUCGUCGGGCGAAAAGAAAGGUUCAAGAAAAUCUCUACCAGGAAACCAAGCUGGAACGCGAGAUUGCAGAGCGUGUCCGUGACCUUCAGACGCUGACUCGGCUUUGCGAGGAUCAGCUCCGCCAGCGAGACGGCUCAACUCAAGACUAA